GCGCCUGCGCAGUAGUUCUUCUCGCCUGCGCCGCGCCGUUAGCCGCGCAAUACGCUGGGAAUAACGUUAGAACGGUUUACAGAAGCGCGCGCGACUCAGAGAGAGAGAGAGAGAGGGGGAGGGUCCUCGCGCGCCCUUCCCUCCCUCCCUCCGGGCCCCUCCCCCUCCCUUCCCUUCUCCUUGCUCUGGAGAGGGAAGAUGGUGGGCCUCUGAGUCAAGGGCGCGUCUUGUGGCUUCCCGAGCGGGGAUGACGCAGCUUUGUAAGGAUUUAUAACCUAAACAAAAAAUGAGCUUAACAUCUUGGUUUUUGGUGAGCAGUGGAGGCACUCGCCAUAGGCUGCCACGAGAGAUGAUUUUUGUUGGAAGAGAUGACUGUGAGCUGAUGUUGCAGUCACGGAGUGUGGACAAACAACAUGCUGUAGUCAACUAUGAUGCUUCUACUGAUGAACACUUAGUGAAAGAUUUAGGCAGUCUAAAUGGGACAUUUGUGAAUGAUGUACGGAUUCCAGAACAGACAUACAUCACACUAAAGCUUGAGGAUAAACUGAGAUUUGGAUAUGAUACCAAUCUUUUUACUGUAGUUAGAGGAGAGAUGAGAGUCCCAGAGGAAGCACUUAAGCAUGAGAAAUUUACCAGUCAAUUGCAGCUGUCCCAAAAAUCCUCAGAGGCAGAAGGAUCAAAGUUAACCAGUGCCAAAGCUGCAGAGCCAAAGGUACAAGAUACCAUCUCUGAAGCACACUACAGAACUAUAGAUGCACUGAAAUCAGAAGAGAAAUCUGCAGAUAUUUCUGCCAUGCCUCGAGGUACUCCUUUGUAUGGGCAACCAUCAUGGUGGGGUGAUGAUGAGGCGGAGGAACAGAAUGGUUACAAACAAGAUGGUAAACCUGAAGAGAAAAUGCAAGAUGCUGGAGUAUUAGGAUGCAGCACAGAUGGCAAGCAAGCUGAGGAGCAAUCUGCAGCUGCAAGUGAAGAAGAAACUUAUCCUUUCUGUAGGGAGCCAAGUUAUUUUGAAAUCCCUACAAAGGAAUUCCAGCAACAUUCACAAAUACCUGAGGGUACAAUUCAUGAGAUCCCAACAAAAGACAUACACAUAGCAGGGGCAGGGCAUGCUUCAUUUACCAUUGAAUUUGACAACAGCACCCCAGGAAAAGUAACUAUCAAAGAUCAUGUCACAAAAUUCACUCCAGAUCAACGCCACAAGCCUAAGAAGCCUUCUCCUUCUGGUGCUCAGGAUCUUCCUGGGCUUCAAGCUGUGAUGUUGGCACCGGAGAGUAAAGUGGCAAACUGGUUAGCACAAAACAAUCCCCCAACAAUGGUCUGGGAAUCAACAGAAGAAGAUUCAAAAAGUAUUAAGAGUGAUGUCCCAGUCUACUUGAAGAGACUGAAAGGAAAUAAGCAUGAUGAUGGGACACAGAGUGAUUCAGAAAAUGUAGGAGCACGCAAGCAUUACAGUAAACGGGCAGCACUUGAAGAGCAGCUAAGGCAUCAUUAUGCAGAACAGAGAAAACUGCACUCGAAAGCCCAGGAUACAGAGAAGCAUUCAGACCAACCAGUUGCGAGUCAGACUGCUUUUAUGAUUGAAUUCUUUGAUGAAGGCCAUCCUCGGAAGAGACGAUCAUACUCUUUUUCUCAAAAUGUGGGAUCUUUGUGCCCUGAAAUAUCUUCUCCAGCACCCCAUGCAAGAACUGAAAAAGUGAAACCUGCAUCAGGUGACUCCAGAGCGUGUUCAUCACCUCUACAGAAUACUUCUACUCAACAAAGAGCAGUACAUGCAAAACUUCUAAAGCAGAAAUCUGAAGAACCCUCUGCUGUGUUACCUUUCUUACAGACUGCAUUGCUAAGAAGUUCUGGAAGCCUUGGGCAUAGACCAAGUCAAAGUGAAGACAUGGAAAAGAAGUUAAAAAGCCAAGCAAUUUUGACAACUUUAGAAAAAGAUGAUGAUGAUCAAAGUGAUAAAGGUACUUAUACUAUUGAACUGGAAAACCCCAAUGCUGAGGAAGUGGAAGCUCGCAAGAUGAUUGAUAAGGUUUUUGGAGUGGAUGGCAGCCAGGAUUAUAAUAGGACUGUUGUCAACGAGAGCCAGAAAGAUUUAGUAAAAGAUUGGGCUAUAAAUUCUGCUACAGUAGUGCUGGAAGAAAAAAGACCACUGAGUACAACUGGAUUUCUUGAAACAGAGACGAAAGAAGACCAAACCCAGGGAAGUGCUGUGAAGGAUCAAACCGUCUGUAAUGCGGCCUUCCUCUUUUCCUGCUGCCUUCCACUUUACCAACCAUUAUUAUAUCUUCCAGAAAACACUGGUGUGUCUGGAAGCAAACGCUGGGUAUCACAGUGGGCUAGUCUGGCUGCUAACCAUACAAAACAUGAAGAAAGUGAAGUACGAAUGGAGACAUUAGCUCCUGCUCAUCUUGAAAAUGACACCGAUAUAAGUGAAUCGGUUCGAAGUACAGGUUCAGCUGCUUCUUUGAACAGCCAAGGGGAUCGAAUGAAGAGAACACUUCCACAACUGCCAAAAGAAGAAAAUGUAAUAGAAGGGCAAAGGACAAAAAUUUCAACUCCUCAGAGAUCAGAGAUAGGAGAAAAACAAGACACUGAACUUCAGGAGAAGGAAACUCCAACUCAUACUCAAAAAGAAAUAGGCCAAGCUGUUGAUAAAAGCGUGAUGAAAGCAAGCAAAACAAUGAAUGGCCUUUCUCCUAAAGCAGACAAGACAUUUUUUCAGUCUAACAGUUGCUUCCCUUCUGGUCAAAAUGGCAAGGAAACAUCAGUUGUGAAACAAGCUUUAGCUAAAAUUCAGCAACAGGAACAAAAUGAAGUAACACAUUGGGUUCCCACUAAAUUAUCUUCUGCAAAAACUACAAAUCAGGUUGAAAAGAGGAAGGAGGAACCUUCUGCUUCCCAUAAAAUAGAUAAUAAAGAAAAGGCAUCUGUGCGUAGUGCUGUCAAAACAGAAAGUAAGACUAUACAAAGUGAAGGGAAAAGAAGGAAACCAGAGGAAACAACAAAAUGUCAAGCUGCAAAAGGAUUUAGUGGAGACAAGAAAGAAACAUCUAAGCCAUUGGUGAGGCAGGGCAGUUUUACUAUAGAUAAACCAAGCACAAAUAUACCCAUAGAACUAAUCCCUCAUAUUAAUAAAGAAACAGGAACUGCUCCAGCGUCAUUAUCUUUAACAUCUACCACUAGAAUAAGUGAGAAAAGUGAGUCAGUUGAAACAGAUUCCAGUCUAGACACAACAUUAAUAUUAAAAGAUACUGAAGCUGUAAUGGCUUUUCUUGAAGCUAAGCUACGUGAAGAUAACAAAAUAGAUGAAGGACCCGAGACUCCCAGCUAUAAUAGGGAUAAUUCUAUUUCACCUGAAUCAGAUGUGGAUACUGCUAGUACAAUUAGUCUAGUCACCGGAGACAGUGAAAGAAAAACCACUCAGAAGCGCAAAAGUUUUACAACUCUUUACAAAGAUAGGUGUUCCACUGGUUCUCCAUCAAAGGAUGUUUUAAAGUCAUCAUCUACAAGUGCUAGAGAAAAAAUUGAAAAGAAAACAAAAAGUCGUUCUUUGGAAGCUGGUUCAAGAGGAGAUGCACGCAAGAUUGUACAGAGCAGUGGAAGAAUAAGGCAACCUUCAGUAGAUUUAACAGAUGAUGACCAAACUUCUAGUGUACCUCAUUCUAUUUCUGAUAUUUUGUCUUCUGACCAGGAAACAUGCUCUGGCAAAUCACAUGGAAGGACACCUUUUACCUCAGCAGAUGAACACUUGCACUCUAAAACAGAAGGUAUUAAAAUAGCAAAGUUGAAAUCUUCCCCAGUACCAACUGGUCAGUCCAGUAAAUCAACUACUCUUCCAAGGCCUCGGCCCACAAGGACUUCUCUGUUACGUAGAGCACGACUUGGGGAAGUUUCAGAUAGUGAACUUGCAGAUGCAGACAAAGCAUCAGUAGCUUCUGAGGUGUCUACUACAAGUUCUACAUCAAAGCCUCCAUCAGGAAGGAGAAAUAUUUCAAGAAUUGACUUGCUUGCUCAGCCACGUAGAAAUAGACUUGGUUCUUUAUCUGCACGAAGUGACUCUGAAGCAACAAUAACUAGAAGCACUGCCUCAUCUCGAACGGCAGAUGCUGCUAUUAGAAGUGGCAUUAGACUAACACCUCCAGCAGAUAGUACUAAAGUUUCUCCUAGGAUAAGAGCUAACAGCAUUUCUCGCCUGUCAGACUCCAAAUCCAAAUCAAUGUCAUCAACCCAUAAUUCUCCAUCAGAGGCAUACCGUCUUCUCCCAGACCCAGAUCCUGCUCUUGAAACUUACAGUGUAAAUUCAAGAUGGAGGCGCUUUCCUACUGAUUAUGCUUCCACCUCAGAAGAUGAAUUUGGAUCAAACCGUAAUUCUCCUAAACAUGCCCGUCUACGUACUUCUCCAGCCCUGAAAACUACUCGGCUGCAGAGCUCUGGAACACCAACACAGGCUAGCAAUAUCUUCAAGCAUAGGAUAAAGGAACAGGAAGACUACAUUCGAGAUUGGACUGCACAUCGAGAAGAAAUCGCAAGGAUAAGCCAAGACCUCGCUCUCAUCGCACGGGAAAUCAAUGAUGUAGCAGGCGAGAUAGAUUCGGUGACUUCCUCAGGCACUGCUCCUAGUACCACAGUAAGCACUGCUGCCACCACCCCUGGCUCUGCCAUAGACACUAGAGAAGAGGUAGGAGAUCUUCAUGGAGAAAUGCAUAAGCUAGUUGAUCGUGUAUUUGAUGAAAGCUUAAACUUCAGGAAGAUUCCUCCAGUAGUAAACGUUAAAGUACCAGAUGGGAACUCCAGGCCUAAUGAAUCCAAACCACCGACUGCAGAUAUACCUGAGCCACCAACAAUUACACGUCGUCGAACCUGGAGUAGGGAUGAAGUUAUGGGUGAUACAUUGCUGUUGUCCUCAGUCUUCCAGUUUUCCAAGAAGAUCAGACAAUCUAUAGAUAAAACUGCUGGUAAAAUCAGAAUAUUGUUUAAGGAUAAAGACCGGAACUGGGAAGAUAUUGAAAAGAAACUGCGAGCUGAAAGUGAAAUUCCAAUUGUGAAGACAUCAAGCAUGGAAAUAUCAUCUAUAUUGCAAGAACUGAAGAGAGUUGAGAAACAACUGCAAGUGAUAAAUUCAAUGAUUGACCCUGAUGGAACAUUGGAUGCUCUGAGUAAUUUGGGAUUUGCUGCUGCUGCUCAGGCACCUCAACCUAAGCAGAAGUCCAGUCCUGUUUCUCAAAGUGCCCAGCCUCAGUCGCAACCAAAUUGUCAACCAGAGGCAAGGGCUGUCCGUCCAACUAUUUCCUCUGCUUCAAGGGAACUUGGCAGUGUAGAAUCUGAGCACGAUUUCAGUAUACACUUUAAUAGGUUCAAUCCAGAUGGAGAGGAGGAAGAUCCAACUUUGCGUGAAUGACGUAAGUGUCAUGAGUAUCUUUAAUAUUGAUUUAAUGUUCAGAAUUCAAUGAGAGUCAUAGCAUCAUUCAGACUUAAAGAAAAAGUGUGGUUAAAAUGCCAAUUUUUCCUUAUACCAACAACUUAAUUGUGAUAUUUUAAAUGUCACACACAUCACCUGGCUCAUUAAGGUAAACAUUGGUACCUACACAGAGAUCCGUUUGUGGUAUUUUAUAUUUUAUGGGCUUUGCAAGCACUUUGAAUAUUUCCCUCCAUUAUUUAAUUUGCUAAAGAAGACUGCAAACAGAUGGAAGUCCAACAUGAUUAUUAAACGUCUAAGGUUCCUGUGCCGAAAUGACCUGUAAUUGAGUCUCUUCAACCUAAAUUUGAAUGAAAUUAUUGAGUGUUUAAAUUUGAUUCUGUGUAAUGGGAACUAAAUUAGGGAACACUACAUUUUAGUAACAUGACACAACAGUAUACAGAAGAAUAGGCUUCAUAGUAUGUUCAUUGUUGCAUACUAAAAUUUUCAAACCAUUGUGAUUGCUAUGUAAAUUGUCCUGGGUUUUACAGAGUUCAAAAUAUGUUUGCACUAAAAAGAUUGCUGGUAGUGGAAGAUAAACGUAUCAGUAUAAAUAGAGGCAAUAACUCUGUACUCAGAAACAUGCUCGGUUUCCCUUUUAAAAAACCACACAUACAUUCACACUGGAGUGUGAGUCCACUUCCGAAAAGAAUCCAACUGGCCCUUGCUGAUCCUGUUCAAUAUGUCUUUUUUGAUGUUGAUUAAAAUUAAAUGUGAUAUCAUUUCUGUCCAAAUGUUUGGAGCAAUGAAACCAGUUUAAAUGUAUAGCUAUGUGUGUCUAUUACCUGAAAUCCCAUCUCAUGGUUUGUCACCAAGGUCAAACACAAAAUAGAUUUAUGAGUGCUCCUUGAGAUAAUCAUGAGUUGUAAAAUUUUCGUCAGAACAUUUGGAGAUAGAGUAGUAAUAAUCUGGUCAGUAGGCGGAUCCCAGACAUAUAAAUUGUUCAUGUUUUCCUGUAGACCCUAUAGUAAGACUGUCUUAUAUGUUUAUAAAAAUUCUGGAAGAAAACUGCUAACAUAGGCCUUUUGCUUAUCCUGCUUACUGCAAAGCUAUUAAAAUAUCUCAUAUAAGCCUAUUUUAUCUUUAAAGCUGUCCCAGUAACUUUAAAGUUUGGAAAUAAUAAUAUAAAAUUAAUCUUGUAUUUCCAGAACACUGUAAUUUCGAGGUCUUCUGUUAAAUGCUACUAAUAACUGGAAUUUUCCUAUGUUUUUGCAUCAGUCUAUAAUGGUUAUGGAUACAACUCUGAAGCUUUUAUGAAAUAGUCUUUAAUAUUUCAGCAAUAAUCUCAUGUGUCACUUGUUUAAAAAUACUUUUUUUCCUGUACAUUUUUAAACUGUACAGGAUUUUGGAAGUAAUGACGAAGUUUGACCAAUGAAAUAUAAAAACAGACUUUUUGUAGCGAUAUAAAAAUAAAAAAGGAAUAGUCCUGUUGUAUAUUGGAUUUUUUUUGCUUUAAAAUUAAAAACUGCCUCUUUUCAAACUCUGUAUCCCACUCUCUAUUAACAGAGGUCAGGAAAACACUUGUUUACAGAUGUUGUCAAAGUUCAAACAGAUGUAUGACAAAAUACAUGGAGGAUAGUGACAAGAUUUUGGCCAUUGUCAUACCUUUCUUUAUUUCAUUGCUUGGGAGAAGAACCACAAACAUGCAAGUGUGAAAAAAACAGGAAAUGGUUAUGGAAAAAUUAAACAUUUAGGCUCUUCACACAGGUCUUUAUGUGUUUCUUUUUCAGACGUUUACCUUUUGUGUUCUGUAAUAAAUAUUGGCAUUUACAAUGUUCUUAUUUGUAUGGAUGCGUACUCCUUAUUUAUUUUUUGUUACAUAUAUUAUGUAUGUAGUUACAAGCAUUUACAACUCCAUUUUUAAAUAAAGUGUUUCUGGAACUUUAUACAAUAA